ACAACAUUUGCAUAUAAGAUAUAUACUAAUGUUGGUAUAGAUUAGAAGAGAGUUUUAGCUUAGAAAAAUAAGAGAAAGAAAAAAAGCAAACAAAUUAUGGGAUAAUCAUUCCAAAUAGAAAAGGCAUGGAGACUAGCUUUACCCCAACCUCAUCAUAUGUGUCAUCAUGCACCUUUGGUCUUUGCUCUUCUUUCUUUCUUCAACUUCUCUUCCUUCCCCUCUCUCUUCCUCUAUCCCAACUUUAACUUUUUCACCACCUCCCCAAAAGAAUUUAUGAUUAUUCUAUUCCAACCCUUAGCCAAAAAGCAAAUUUAAGUAAUUAAAAUGACUGCAGCACAUUAGAGAGAGAGAGAGAGAGAGAGAGAGAGAAACAGGAACAUAGGUAUCAAAGUCUUGCAUAUAUCUGCUUAUGUUGUUAGGGUUCAAACCUCAUAAAGACACAAUCUUUUCAUUCUUGGGUCUUCUCUUAAUCACAAUUCUAAUUAAUAUCAACCCUUUUUUUUAUGAGAACUACUUUCUUUCUUUCUCUUGUGUUUCAUAUAGAUUGAGUACUCAAGUUAACUUAGAUAUAUAUAUAUAUAUAUAUAUUUUAAGGUGAAACUCCGAAAGAUGUUAGAGAAGAUCAUGGCAGAAGAAGCAAUCUCAAGUAAUGGUUUUGUGGAAAACAACCAAGUUGUUGGAUCUAAUCUUCCUCCUCUGAAGAAGAAGAGAAACCUUCCAGGAACACCAGAUCCUGAAGCCGAAGUAAUAGCCUUAUCACCAAAAACACUCAUGGCUACCAACAGAUUCUUGUGUGAAAUAUGUGGCAAAGGAUUCCAGAGAGAUCAGAAUCUACAGCUUCAUCGGCGAGGGCACAAUCUUCCAUGGAAGCUCAAGCAAAGGACUAGUAAAGAAGUAAGAAAGCGCGUGUACGUCUGCCCUGAAAAGACCUGUGUCCAUCACCAUCCUUCUAGAGCUCUCGGAGACCUAACUGGAAUAAAGAAGCACUUUUGCAGAAAGCAUGGUGAGAAGAAAUGGAAGUGCGAGAAAUGUUCAAAGAGAUAUGCCGUGCAGUCAGAUUGGAAAGCACACUCCAAAACCUGUGGGACUAGAGAGUACAAAUGCGACUGUGGAACUUUAUUUUCACGGAGGGAUAGCUUCAUUACUCAUAGGGCAUUUUGUGAUGCUUUAGCAGAAGAGACAGCAAGAGUUAAUGCAGCAUCUAACAUAAAUGGAUUAGCUGCUACUGCAAACAACUUCAAUUAUCAUCUAAUGGGUGCUCCAAUAGGUCCUAACAUGGCACAGCAUUUCUCUUCUAUUUUCAAGCCAAUCCCAAGCAAUAAUGACCACACAAUGGACCAAACAAGAAGAGGAUUGUCCUUAUGGAUGAGCCAAAGCCAUGAACCGAUUGCUCAAGAAAUUCACCAACUUGGGUCGAUGGGUUCAUCGGGAGCAAUCUUUCACCAUGAUCCUCUUAACAAUUCAUGCUCAAAUUCUUCACCAACUGAUUAUCACUUAAGUUGGCCAAUUUUUGGAAGUAAACUCUCUUCCACUAAUGCCCAUCAUCAUGAAGAGUUAACAAGCACUACUUCAUCACUUCCAUUGAACAAUGUUAAAGAAGCAGCUGCAGCAGUUCAACUAGUAAGUGUUCCUUCCUUAUAUAGUACUCAACAGCAGCCAAAUCAAACCGCUCCUUCAGCUAAUAUGUCAGCUACAGCUUUACUUCAAAAAGCUGCUCAAAUUGGUGCAACUUCAACUGAUCCAACAUUUCUGGGAAGUUUUGGGUUAAAGAGCAGCACUAACAACAGUCAGGUUCAAGAUCAAGGCAGCAAUAAGUUUUGCGGAUUAAUAUAUGGUUCGAACCCAACAAUCACAAACAUUAUUGCAAGUGAUCAUGUGGAGAACAACAAUGAUAUUUCUAGAUUGAAUCAGCUGCAAAUGUACAUGCCAUCAGGACCGGUGGCCAAACGCCAAAAACUACACAGUCAUGAUCAUGAUCAAGAUACUAGUGCUGCUGCAGCAGUAGGAGGGCAAACUAGAGACUUUCUUGGUGUAGGUGUACAACAAGCAAUAUGCCACCCAACAUCAAUCAAUGGAUGGAUUUGAUCAUUACAUGGAGAAUGCAAAUUAAUAUCAUGGGCUGCAUGUUUUUUCUUUUUUUUUUUUAAUUUCUUUCUCAUUUUGAUGAAUAGAAAGCAAUCUUGGUAAUUAAUUAUUAUAAUAAAAGUGGGAACUGAAGAGGAAAGAAAGAGAGAUAUGGAGAUUUUUAGUAUUGGGAAACUUUGCAGGGAGGAAAAGGUAGCUAAGUAGGCAUGGCAUGAUGGAGGCUAAAAGUUAUGCUUAGAUAACUAAUUUGAGGAGUUGAAGGAAUGCAUCCAUGCAUAUUCCUGUGGAACCUAGAAAGCUGAUUCCAUAUUAAAAAUGGUGACCCUUUCUUUCUUCUUUUUUUUUUUUUUUCUUUUUUUAUUUUAAAUUUUUUGAGAUGAUAAAAGGAGAAGGAAGUAGUGGGAAGCAAAGUAUAAGCACCUUUUGAGCUCCA